GGCGGGUAUGUAUGUGUGCUUGUAAGUGUAUGUGCGUUAAGCGGACGGAGAGUUCAGAAUUUUUAUUUCAAGAAUUCUCGGUUGGUAACUUAGCGAAGCUAGUUGCUAUUGGCAAUUUGAUGAGCACGGAGUCAACGAAGUUUCUAUCCAUAAAAUUCAUCAACAAUUAGUUUCCCUAUAAUCACACAUACGUAGAACGCUUGGACGCCGUUCCUCGGAGUCACCUAUCAUAGCGCAUAGAAUUUAUAGGUCAACAUUUCGUUUCUUUUAUCGCUGAAGGUUACCAAAGGUCAAAAUGAAUCAAUAUUCGUUGGAUGAUUCCAGCGAUAUGCCGAUCAGUGGACGCAAAGGAAAACAAUGCUCAAUGACAGGAUGUAAUAAUAAUCAUCAGCGAUGUCCAAAUAUGAGUUUUUUUCGAUUUCCAAAAGAGCUAUCAAGGUCGAAAGAAUGGCUUGAGAUUUGUGAAAGGCCCGAUUUGUCGAGGCGUGUCGAUAUCGGUGACAUCACUAUUAAUAAUUACUAUGUAUGCGAAAUACAUUUUCCAAAUCAAAUUCUUGACUACUCGACACGUAAGAUCCUCAUUAAAACGGCUAAGCCAUUGUCAUUAGCCGAAUUGGAUGCGCUACCAGCCUCACAAAAACGUCGCAGCAAACAUGAAACAUCAUCAAAAUCAAGACGACGUAGUGAUGAAUACGAUGAACAUAUCGAAGAGUAUGACGAUGACGAAGACUAUGAAUUAGAAGAUAACAAAGACGAAAUAAAGUUUAGAUCGUUUGGCGUUAAAAUAGCCAAAGCUGAAGGCAACUAUCAUUCCGAUUUACUGGAACCAUUGCUUGUUGAUGACGAAAACAGCUAUACGGAUUCAGCGGUACGACCACCAUUUUGUUGGACAACGGAUGCAACAAGAUAUUUGAUUAAAUUACGUGGCGAACGUGAUGCUGAGUUUGAUCAAAGUGGUGCCCGCAAAAGUCAGCUAUGGCUGGAAAUAUCGCAUAAAAUGCGAGAGGCUGGUUACGAUUUUACAUCGGAAAAAGUGUCCAAAAAAUGGCAUAAUAUUACUAUUACAUAUCAGAAAAAUACGGAACGUGACCCAAGCUCAGUUAAUUGGGAAUUUUUCGAGGAUAUGCACGCAAUAUUCCGGAAUAAGAAAAUUGCCGAUGAAAAUUCAUUAGACUAUAGUGAAACGGAGCCUGUUCAGCCGCCGAAACAAAAUGGCAUGUCCAAACGAAAAACGGCUGACACUUCAUAUAGAGAGAGUCUUUCACCAGAAUCAGAUCCAGAAUAUCGUCCAUCGCCACGAACAAAAAAACGAAAACGUCAAGAAGCCGACGAUAGCAGCAUUUUGAAUAAUGACAAUUCAUUUAUCGCUGCACAAAAUGUAACAACUACAUAUGACGAAUGCUGGUGGAAGACAUAUUUUGAACAAAAAUUAGAAUUGGAACGAAAGCGAAUGGACAAAGAGGAUGAACGUCACAAAGAUCGAAUGAAUUUCCAAAAAAUGGCCAUUAUGCUGCAAGAGCGCGUGGAAAAGGUUAAAGUUGAAGCCAUGAAUAAUCUGACCAAUGCAUUACUUCGUUUACAAGAUACGGGAAAAAUUUAAGAUACAUCACACCCACAUACACCCACAUACACUUUACGCGUGCCAUUUCUUUUAGAUAUUAUAUUGUAAUACAAAAAAAAUUGUAUAUAGGGCAUUUGUUUUUUAAAUAAAAGCAACCACAUGAGAAAAAUGGUAAAUUAA